AUGAAAAGCUCUGUGUGGAGAUAUUUUACUAAAACCGAAACGACGAAGGCUAAGUGCAAAUUGUGUUGCAAAACUUUAAAAACAGGAGGAGGAACUUCAAAUUUAAAGCAGCAUUUAAUACACAAACAUCCAAAAAUUGAAGAUGAAGUGAAGAAAGUUAGUGAUGAAAAUGACGUAGAAAGUCGUGCAGGUCCCAGUAAAUCGCCUACGCCUUCAACAUCGUUGGACAACAGAUCAAGAUCUUCCUCACCUUCUACUUCUACAGCAAGCAGUAGCAGGGCAAGAUCUCCAUCAACUUCCAGAGCGGGGAGAUCACGGUCUCGGUCUCCCCGAACCUCACAAAUCUUAACUUCGACUUCCCAAAGACGACAAACAACGCUUUACGAAACAACUCAACGAUCUGCUAGUUACGAGAGAGGCGGCUAUCGUGAUGUUGCAAUUUCAAAUUCUCUGAUCUACAUGGUGUGUAAGGACAAUGCUCCUCAUUCAAUAGUUGAAAAAGAAGGCUUCAGGCGCUUUAUAAAAACCGUGGCACCAUUGUACAAAUUACCUUCAAGGAACACGGUGACUGAGAUGAUUAGCCUGAGAUAUUCUGCAAUUAUUUCUAAUAUGAAAACCAAACUGAUUAAUGUGAAACACCUGAGUUUAACUGCAGACAUAUGCACAUUAACCAAUACAAGCAGAGGUCCAGAAAAAAACGAAGUUGAGACAAUUAUGUUAGGAGUGCGUCGACUUUUAGAAGCUCAUACCGGAGACUACAUUGCACAAAAAAUGGAAGAAUUGAUGGAAUCUUUUGAUAUUUCGAAAUCUAAAAUAAUCGCUGUUUGUACAGAUGGUGGUGCAAAUAUGAUAGCAGGAGUCCGAAAAUUACUAGGGGAAGGAAAACACGUUUAUUGUUUUGCCCAUAUGCUAAAUUUAAUUGUGACAGAUGGUUUAGAAGAUAAAAAUAAUAAUCGCUUGAAAGAACUUAUAGAUCUUGUCAAAAGUUUCGUAACUUUUGGUAGGCACAGCAACAAUUUCAUGGAUGCCUUGCGGGCUGAACAACAGAGAGAUGGUGUACCAGAAGGAGACGUCACGCUGUUCAUUCAAUCAGUUCCAACACGGUGGAAUUCUACAUUUGACAUGCUUAGUAGAUUUGUCACUCUAUACCCAUAUGUAGCACGAGUCCUUGCAAGUCCAAGUAUAAAACUAAAAAAUGCUCCUCGAAUGCUGUCAGGUAACGAAAUAGAAUUGCUUUCAGAAAUUGUCAAUAUUCUAAAGCCAUUUAAACAGGCUACAACCGAAAUAUCCGGGAGUGACUAUAUAACUGGAAGUUUAGUGUUACCUAUGAUUAGCUGCAUCGACUCAGCAUUGGCUACUAUAAAACCGACUAACGAAAUUUCGACAAUGUUGUUGAGAAAAUUACAAGUUUCAUUAGAAUCACGUUGUGGACAUCUUGAAAAAAACCUACUUCUGUGCAACGCUUUGCUUUGUGACCCCAGAUUUAAGAAGAUAUACAUGAAACCUGUUGUAGCCAGCCAGGCUGCCAUGCAAAUCAGUGAAGAAAUUAAAAAAGUGCAGAAAGAAAUGGGGAAUUAUUCUUCACCCAGCUCUGCUAGUACUUCACGACAGGACGACAGUAAUGAAUCUUUAUGGUCGAUUCACGAUAAGUCCCUCGAAAAACCUGGAAUGUCAUUUUUAGAGGUAGAGAGUUCUUUUCCGAGUGAGCUAAAAUUGUAUUUACACCAACCUGUGCUGCCCAGGACCCAGAACCCAAUUCAAUUUUGGCACCAAAGCAAAACACUUAUGACGGCUUUAUCGUCCGUUGCUAUUAAAUAUUUAACGGUAGUGGGUAGCUCAGUCGCAUCUGAAAGAUUGGUUUCGACAUUAAAUAGCGUAGUUAAGGAUGACAGAAUGUUGGAUUACCAAGCAAGAUGGGCCUCGUUGCGGGCUCGUUUUUCAAAGGAACGGUCCAAAGUAUUGAAGUCCGGCUCAUGCAGUGGCAAACCGGAGUGGCCCCUGUACAAAUAUUUACAAUUCUUGGAUACGGUGGUGAAAAGGCGGCGCACAUUUGAUAAUGUGGCAAAUGAUGAAGCUUCAACUUACUUGGAAGAUCCAGGUACGGACGAUGAAUUAUCGCAAGUGGAUAUUCCAGAUAUUUUUAUGCUUAAUACGGAUACUGGCCAAAACAUCUACAACAUCAACCAGCAGAGCAUCAUCUGCACAAUCUGCUGUCAGGUAUACUCCUCGUGGUAA